UAAAUUUUUCGCAAACUGGAUACUGUUGUUUUUGUUGCUUUUCUUGAGUUGUCUUUUGUCACAACAGCAAAAUUUAAUAACAACUGUGUCAAGUGACUGACUUCAGCUAGAAGCUCCUCGUACUUACUACAUACCUUUUAGGCGCAGCUUCUAUCCGUCGCAGCUCGUCACCUCAACAUUCAGUCUUAAACGAAAGCUUACACGUUGUAGUGCGUUUUUUUGCAAAGCACGCUUUGGUGAAAAAUAAAACUUAUUAAAAAAUUUUAAAGGACUUUUCUCAAAGGAUACUCCUUAUAAACUAUAAUAAAUAAAAAAUUAGUGAAAAUGAUUAAGAUUUUAUUGAGUGCAACAUUGUGUGUGACCAUGUUUGGCUCAUUGGCUUACGCUCAAUGUCAACAACCGAACGGCACACAAGUCGUCUCAGGCUCUUGUGACGCUUAUAUCGAAUGCAAGAAUGGUAUCGCUGAGGAGAAACUCUGUCCCGACGGUCUGCUGUACAAUGAAAAAUCUUCCGGUUACCCCUGUGGCUAUCCCAUCGAUGUAGAAUGCUCACAAGGCCAAGCUCGUAUACAGCCUGCUCAACCAACCGACGACUGUCCACAUCAAUUUGGGUACUAUAGCAUGGGUGAUGCACGAAAUUGUGGUAAAUUCAAGAACUGCGCUUCCGGUCGUGGUUUCGUUUUCGACUGUCCCGACGGUUUGGCUUGGAACAAGGAAACCUAUAAAUGUGAUUGGCCCGAUCAAGUGCCCGACUGUGAUGCCGAAGCUUUCUUGGGCUUCAAGUGUCCACCACCAAACCCAUCGCCCAGAGGUCAAUUCAUUGGCGAACCCGAACAAGAAUAUGAAUUCUAUCCAUCGAGCGAGAACUGCCAAGUAUAUUUCAUUUGUAUCGAGGGUCGUCCCCGUCGCAUUGCUUGUGACGAAGCAAGCGCUUUCAAUCCGGAAACACAAACUUGUGAUGACAUCGACAAUGUGCCUUCUUGCAGCCCAGACAUUAAACAGCGCGGUCAGGAGAUUAAGAAUGCGCGUCUUUCAGCUCAGUCGGCGGCAUCAGCAAAGAGACGAAUCUAAAGAGAAAUACUGAGAAAAUUCUUAUUUUAUUACUAUUUUUUUCUCAUUAUUUGUAAUACUCUAGUCCCUAGUGAAAAAUGCGUUGAAUCAGUUUGGCUAUAUUUGUGUGUAUAGUUUUUGAAUAAAAUCGAAUCGGAAAAAAAAUUAAGUAUUUAA